AUGUCACAAGGCGAUACAUCUCUCUUUUUAAUAUUUCUAGUCCUUUCUCUCAUCUACACAUGUAUCUUUAUUUACACCGUCUUUAGAACUUAUGUUUCAAGGAAAUUCUUACUCCCUCAUCCUUAAUAGAGCGAAGCCAGAUUUAACUGCUUCUAUUUAGUCAAGCACGAAGCCCCUUCCUUUACCAAUUCAAUUUAGCUCGAUAUUUUGAUAAUAUUGAAUCUUAGGGAUUAGAUAUAAUAGCGGCUUCUGUCCAAUUAUAAUACGAUUUCUAACAUAUAUUACUUCAUAUGAAAAGAUUUUAAUAUAAAAUUUCUGAAUAAAUGAAAUAAUGUAUAAGUAUCACUUUCUUGAUUAAUAAAUCAAAAAUUAAAGUAAACAAAUAAAAUGUAAAAUCAAAAGUUUCAUUUAAUCCACCAAAAUCUUUCCAUCAAUAAGUGUCACAUAUAACCUUUUUUCCAAAAAGCUUUAACCCAUCCUUGAUCGAACGAUGCAGAUCGGUUCAAUCAAGGAUAGAAGCUUUAGCCAUUUGAAAAUACGCCAAGUUGCUCUAUAUUUUACAACUAAUUGUUGUCUUUAUCCGGCUAAUAAGCUUCUGAUAUAUUACUAUAUUCCCUUCUAGGGAUAAAGAAAGCAGUUCCUAUCCUAUUUAUAAUGAAUAAAUUAUUUUUUACAAUAAAAUGAUAAUAUAUACCAUUUUGCAAUGAAUAGAAACAUCCUAUCAUCUAUCUACUAUAUUAAAAUAUCCUACCAGUAGGAAUGCUUCUUUCAUCGCAAAAGAUAUAAAUUUUUUUUUCUUAUUUAAGAUAUAUUUGUAUAUAUCAUUUUUGUGCUACUUUCUCUGCCUGGUGAACUUUUAAUAGUUGCCUAUAUCAUCCUCUUUUGAGUUUUUAUCACAGCUAAUAUCCACACGAGAAUAAGAGCAGAUGAGGCUCUAUGAAAAAACAAAUGUUCACUAUAUUUAGUAGGAAGAAUUACUAUGUAUGGCUUAUGCUUUUGGAUUUUUAUUGAAUUUCUCCUUUAUGGCAUUAUUUUACUCGAAAAGUUAUACCCAGCAGAUAUGGUCAUCCAACAGAGCAUUUGCUGCUAUAUAGCUAUUGCUAUAGUGCUAGCUGGUAUUAUAUAUUUGCAAGUCAAAUAUUCAGGACUUCCUUAUAAUAGCUUAAGAUCUCAGAAGUCCUUAAGAAAAAUUAUAGCAGUCACCAUCAUAUGGACUCUUGGCAGAUUCUCACAUGCUACACUUUACAUCAUGAGACCUGGAGAUUUAAUAGAAGAAAGCAAUGAAAUUAAAGAAGUCUCAGUUGACGAUGUAGUCCCAAGUGUUAUUUUGCUAAUUGACUUGAUAUCAGAAAUUUUAUGUUACGUAAUGAUAUUGGAAAGUUCAUUUUUUAAUAUUUUCACAAGAAAAAGUGACAGUGAGCAUACAUCUCUAAUGACUCCAUUCGACAACAUGCAAAGCGUUGAUACAGUCCCUGAGGAGUCUGAAGGUGUUUUUACCAGUGCUAAUGCGAGCCAUACUCGUCUCACAAAUGACGACUUAAGGAUUGAAAUGGCUAUUUCUGAAAUUCCUAACAAGCUCGGAUCUCUUCACUUUGGAACUUUGCGUGGGGCCAAUGUUGCAGUCCGCAAGCUUAACCUUACCCAAGUCAGUAAAUAUGUCUUAGAAACAAUUGACGCAGAAAUUUCCUCAUUAAGAUAUUUCAAAAAUAAGCACUAUAACGGGAUCAUUGGCAGCUUAGUAGACGACAAGUCUCUAAAAAUAAUUUCCGCUUAUAUGUCAAAUUUCUCUCUAUAUGAACUUUUGCAUGACCAAAAACGGCAUUUUCCUAUUCAUCAAAAAUUGGUUUUCGCCAGCGAGCUUGCAUUUUGUAUAAAAGAAUUCCAUAAUAAAGGAAGAAUUCAUGGUCAUCUCUCGUCCCACAAUGUGCUAUUUAAUGAAAAUUUUAAUACCUUUAUAAGUGACCUAGGUUUUGACGUGCUAAAAAAAUAUGCAGGACUAGUCGCAGGGUACGUCAAUAAAAGUGCUUGAAGUUCUCCUGAAGUUUUGAGCGACACAGGCUCUGUAGUAACAAAAGCUCAAAAAAGUGACGACGCCUAUAGUUUUGGAAUAAUUCUAUGGGAGCUUCUUACAGAAGAGGAGCCAUUCCCAGGAGUCACUCUGCCAAACUUAAAAAAAAUCGUGGUCGGGGACACAUGCAGACCUGUAAUCCCACAAGGCCUUGACCAUCAUUUGAGGAUGCUAAUGCAAAGCUGCUGGAAUGUCGACCCUUCCAAGCGGCCUGAUUUUGAGCUGAUUUAUUCAACCAUAAGCAGUGUAUUAAAUCAAGAUGAAUAA